GUGCUCCCAAAUGCGUACCUGGGGAGUUCUACCUACAUUGGGGCGAGAGUACAAUUAGGGGAAAAUGUAGAGGUUGCCAUGCCAACCACGAAGCGCAAGCGAAGGGGGAAUAGAUAUGGCAGAAGACAAACAGCUGAUGGGUACGACACUGUGAUCAAUGAUGGCGCUAUCAUCGGAGCAAGGUAA